GCGAAGAAACGGCCGCCACAACGGAUAGGCCGCGAGAUCUCCUGCUGAUACAGCAGGCCAAGUCCGCCGGCGGCAGCAAAUCCUCCAGCGGCGGACCGCAGUUCAUCGGUACCGAUGCCGCCACAGCGGCGGCGGUGGCCAAUCUGCGCAGCAAGGUGCCCUCCAUCUCGAUAAUCCCGCUGCCCGUCUCCACCACCAUUGUGGCGAGAAGUGGUGGCAUUGGUGGUGGUGGAGGUGCCAGUGGUGGUGCCUCGUCAGCCGUGCCACACCUGAUCCACUCGGCGAGGAGUGGCGUGUCCAUGACCAGCAAAUCCACGGGCACUUCUCCCCCUCUAACCUUCAUCUCGGAGGGAAACGGAUCGGGAUCUGGAGGUGGAUCUGCUUCCUCGGGAGCCCCCGCCCUGGCCCUCCUGCCACGCCCCCAGCAGCAGCAUCAGUACCAGCAGACCGACAAAUGCACCGUCCUCAAACUGGACGUACUGAAGCCCCAAUCUGGCCUGGGCUCCAAUUCCAGCUCUAGCACCUAUCUGCAGAUAGAACAGCAGCUCAGCGAACUGGAGGCCGCCGACGAGGAGGAGGAGAACAUGGCCAGUUUGCUGGGCAGUGCACCACCCGCCCAGAUACUGGCCAAUCAGCCCAUUAUCGUUAAGAUCGAGCCCACGCAAUCCUUUCACAUAGUGGAUGAGGGCGAUACCAGGGUGCUGAGUCUGCCCCUCAGUGAUGCGGAUAAACUGGGUGCCAGUUGGAUAGAUCUCAAGGAUAUAGCCGGGUUGCAAGCCGGCGGAGGAGCCACUUUGCUGGACGUCUGCUUCGAGCAGGCCAACGAGGAGGGCACCAUUAUAGCCACUGUCCAGCCGGAUUUGGACAACGACGAUCUCGAAAUGGAGGGAAAGGACGAGACCGAGGAAGAGACUGAACCAGAGCCGCCGGCACCCAAAAGAUUGGCCACCACCAGGCCAGCACAGUCGCGGCCACAACAACAGCAGCAGCAAUCGCAACAGCAACAGCAGCAGCAGGUGAAAUUCCUUUCGGAUCCACCUGCCUUGGCCCGUUCCAGCAGCUUCAGCAGUCUGAGUAGCUUCAGCAGCAUCAGCAACAUCAGCUCCGUGUGCAAGAACAUGGCCAGCAAUGCCAGUCAGGAGGGCAGCCUGAAGCGGUCCAAGGAGCGAACUCCACCGCCCUUGGCCCCACAGAAGCCCGCUGCAACAUCAACAGCCACAUCAGCAACACCGGGCACUUCGGCCAGUGCCACAGCAGCAACAUCGGCCAGAGACAACAGCAGAGAACACAGCAGCAGCAGCAAUGGCGCCAUGACAGCUCAAAUUGAGAUAAUUCCGUGCAAAGUCUGCGGCGACAAGUCAUCCGGCGUUCACUACGGCGUGAUCACCUGCGAGGGCUGCAAGGGGUUCUUCCGAAGGUCGCAGAGCUCCGUGGUGAACUACCAGUGUCCGCGCAACAAGCAAUGUGUGGUGGACCGCGUUAAUCGCAACCGCUGUCAAUACUGUAGACUGCAAAAGUGCCUAAAACUGGGAAUGAGUCGUGAUGCUGUAAAGUUCGGCAGGAUGUCCAAGAAGCAGCGCGAGAAGGUCGAGGACGAGGUCCGCUUCCACAAGGCCCAGAUGAGGGCCCAGAGUGACGCGGCACCCGACAGCUCCGUCUACGACACCCAGACGCCCUCGAGCAGCGACCAGCUGCAUCACAACAACUACAACAGCUACAGCGGCGGCUACUCGAACAACGAGGUGGGCUACGGCAGUCCCUACGGAUACUCGGCCUCCGUGACGCCCCAGCAGACCAUGCAGUACGACAUCUCGGCGGACUACGUGGACAGCACCACCUACGAGCCGCGCAGUACAAUAAUCGAUCCCGAAUUUAUUAGUCACGCGGAUGGCGAUAUCAACGAUGUGCUGAUCAAGACGCUGGCGGAGGCGCAUGCCAACACAAAUACCAAACUGGAAGCUGUGCACGACAUGUUCCGAAAGCAGCCGGAUGUGUCGCGCAUUCUCUACUACAAGAAUCUGGGCCAAGAGGAACUUUGGCUGGACUGCGCCGAGAAGCUUACACAAAUGAUACAGAACAUAAUCGAAUUUGCUAAGCUAAUACCGGGAUUCAUGCGCCUGAGUCAGGACGAUCAGAUAUUACUGCUGAAGACGGGCUCCUUUGAGCUGGCGAUUGUUCGCAUGUCCAGACUGCUAGAUCUCUCACAGAACGCGGUUCUCUACGGCGAUGUGAUGCUGCCCCAGGAGGCCUUCUACACAUCCGACUCGGAGGAGAUGCGUCUGGUGUCGCGCAUCUUCCAAACGGCCAAGUCGAUAGCCGAACUCAAACUGACUGAAACCGAACUGGCGCUGUAUCAGAGCUUAGUGCUGCUCUGGCCAGAACGCAAUGGAGUGCGUGGUAAUACGGAAAUACAGAGGCUUUUCAAUCUGAGCAUGAAUGCGAUUCGGCAGGAGCUGGAAACGAAUCAUGCGCCGCUCAAGGGCGAUGUCACCGUGCUGGACACACUGCUGAACAACAUACCCAAUUUCCGCGACAUUUCCAUCUUGCACAUGGAAUCGCUGAGCAAGUUCAAGCUGCAGCACCCGAACGUCGUAUUCCCGGCGCUCUACAAGGAGCUGUUCUCGAUAGAUUCGCAGCAGGACCUGACAUAACAAGAGCAGCAGCCGUUCCUGGAGACGACCGCGGACGACGUUGCCGAGGAUGCGGCUGCCACCGGAUGUGUCCUGCCGCCGGUGGCGCCCCCUGCCGGACAGCAGCAGCCACCGCUGCUCGAGGACUGAGGGCCGCAGGAUGCGGCAACAAUAAUUAUUUGCGUAAAAAACUGCACUGCACUGCGAUUGCGAUUGCGAUUGCAAUAGCGAUUGCGAUUGCAGCAGAUACAAGAGAACUUUAUCAUGAUUUAAGCUAGCAUACAACCAAGGAUGUGAUCCUCGCCAAGGACUCACUUAAAAAGAACUCUAUCUAUAUACAUAUAUAUAUUAUAUAUGACAGAGCGGAUGACGCAAAAAGGGAAGGGAAAAUAUUUCAAAAAUAUUGUUAACUCAGUUAAGACUUUUGCUUCGUAGAGAACCGAAACCGAAACCGUAACCGAUUGCAUUUCGAGCAAGGGGCAUCAAAACUCUGAUUUUCGAGGUUAUACUCUAUACACAAGUAUGCAUGUAACUUCCCAACUCUCAUAUCCAGACCCGAGCAAAUCAGAUCGACUAAGUACUUAAAACCAAGCGAAAUUCUCUACACCGCAUACUCCAGAACCAGAACCCAUGGGUCCCCCCAUUAAAACCUUAGUUCGGUUAACGUUAACCCCCAUUUGAAUCCCGAUUCCGAUCCCGCCUAGGUUGUCUUUGCCUUACGUUGUAACUAAAGUAUGUGUAUUAUAUAUACUGCAGUUGUAUGUAUAACUAUGUCUUAUCGGUUAUAUGCCCAACAACAUUAUUUCUUUGUAAACAACUAAAUCGAAUAUCUCGGAAAAUGUGUUCUUAUAAUUAUAUUGAUUAAUGCAAUUACAAUAUAUUUACAAUUUACCGUUACGUUUUUACAUUUUACAUAAGACGAAGAGAAAGGAAACAGAGAGAAGAUUAAGGAUUAGGAAGCAAAAAAGAAAGUUAAGGAGGUGAAGAAAGUAGCAGUUAAAGUGAGCGAGAAAUCGAAAGAAAACCAGAAAAUUUCAAGCAAGCACAUAAAAGUAUGCAAUAUUUUGUUUAAAAACAACUUUUUAUUAGUUUCUUAAAUAUAACAUAAUUACGUACAUACACACACGUAUAUAUAGGACUAUAUAUAUCUAUAUAUAUAUAUAUACAUGAUAGAAAAAUCCCAAUCCGGUUCCAAGGUUUAGUAAAAAUAAAGUGAAAUAAAACGAAAAACAAAAACUUUUGAUAUGAAAUCCUACGCAUAAUUACAAACUUUUAUUGUUUCUAAGACUUAAACUUAAAUAAAAUGAAAACCAAAACAGACUGACGGACCGACCCCGACAGCAUGCCACGCCCCUCCCCCCGCCCCCAUCCUUCGCAGAUCCUGGCAGAAAUUCAAAUGGAGUUCAAUACACAAAUCGAGAAAAAAAGGAAAGAAAUCUUCAGAAAUAAAAAAAAUAUAAAGACAAGCAAACGGCAACUUUUUUGGUUGAUACAUUUAACUAUAUACAAUUAUAUAACUGACUGACUAUACAAAGACGUUACACACACACGCAUACACACACAUACACGCAUAUACACACAUGCUUACAUUACAUAAAUUAGUUAAACUUAGAGUAAACGAAACAACAACAAACACAUUGGAUAGUAGGUGAUAAUUGGUGUGUCUUAAAUAAACCCUGCCCCCCAUCCCGCCCCGCCCACUUGCUUAACGCCCCACGCCCCCUCCCCCAAAAAAACCCACACUUUUACUAAAUUUAAAGCUUAAUCAAAACAUUUUUUGGUAAAUAUUCAAGAGGAAAUUUCAGCAGGCAGGCAUAAAUAUUAAUUAACUUUAAUUAUAGCAAGGAAAAUUAUAAAUAAAAUGUAUACAACAAAAACUAAAAACAAAUGAAAUAAAUUACAUUUUGCGAAUUCCACACAAAAAGAACAACAUUAUUUUGCAAAUUCUCUCAAAAUCCUUUACCCCAAAACCAAGCGAGAAAUAUUUACACUAGCUUACAUAGAACUGGGACGAGGACAUGAAUAUUUCAAUUGAAACAAAAUGUAUGUUAAUGUAAUCGAUCGAUUUGGACAUAUUUAAGUUCGACAUUUUUGGCCUUACAAAACAAAAAACAAAAAGAAAGAAACCUAAAGUACUUUAUAUAUAUACAAACCAUAUAUACAAUAUAGAGAAUACAAAACUAGUUUUAAUUUAUACAAAGCAAGGGAGCAGCUUUCAAACUCAAAACAAAAAUAUCCCCAAAAAAAACAAAAACUUUGUUAAAAAUUACCCAUAAUAAAGAAAAUUCAUUAAAUAAACCGACGACACAAAGUUAAUCUAUAAUAUAAAUUGAAGUUAAGUUGGUUCGAGCGGUCGAUGGCAAGAAAAACAUAAAUGUAUCUUUAAAUGAUAUAUGUAUUGUUAAAUUUGUAUGCUAAGUUUUUAGAGAGAGAAACGGUUAAAUUUUUAAAGAAUAACAGAUGAUCGCGAACUCGACAAGGUGUAAAAUGAGUACAUUUAAAUUUAAAUUUAGCAUAUAUACGGCAUAAAUAUUAUGUUACGAUAUUUACAUUUAUAUAAAACAGAAAAACAAAAACAAGAGAAACCGACAAAAAUCAGAAGUCCCAUAUUAAAAA